UGGAAGUUUUUUAAGGAAGGAAGAGGAGGAGUUUGGAGGGGUUUCAACCACCUCUAACCCCUCAUUUUUAAUUCUUUCAAAUUGGAGAGAUUUGGAGGGAGAGUAGAGUAGAUAAAUUAUUGGCUAGAUAAAUUUUCCUAUUUACCCAUUGUAAAUUAACAAAAUUACAAACUAAUUAUGUAAAUAAUUUUUGUUUUUCUCCUGAGAAAAUUUGAGGUGAAUGAAAAAAAAAAAUUGAAUCUCAUUAUUGUUUCUCAUCUUCGACUCCUCCAAACCCUCCGGUGCCGGCGGCUUCAUCUCUCUGGACAACGGAGGUGGAAGCGAACACAUCUAGUAUGAGCUCUACCACAAAUUCUCAUCGCCACAACACCGAGGGUCCAGAAGGUUCUACAUGAGUCGUUCAAGAAGAAAGAGACUUCGAUUUUGGUCCGAGUUUGGAGAGGCAUGGACGAGUUCGCUGAGUUGCAGGCCUAUAUUGUGACUAACGACUCGAUCUCUCAGAAGAAGCAGUACAUGCUUAGGUCCAUUGCUGACCCGAAUUACCCUGUCGCGUUCUUGGAUCGGUUCGAGUCCGAUUGCCUUCAACUCCAAGAUGGUCAUAAUACUCCGGUAUUCCAAGAAAAGUUUGUGUUUUCGUUAAUUGAAGGCUUUAGAGAGAUAAGUGUUGCAGUUUGGAACAGCAAUACAAAAGACGAUUUCAUUGGCAGCGGAAAGGUCCAAUUGGGGAAGGUUCUUUCAAAGGGUUACGACGACCGCACUUGGUAUCUGUAUACUAAUAGUGGGGGGUAAGUGCUAUAAAUUACUAAUCCUUUUAAGUGUAUAAUCUGUUUCUAAAAUUAUCUAUAAUAUUUUGUCAUCCGAAAAUUUUAUCUCUUUAAUUUUAUUAUAUUGUGUUUCUUAAGUUAUAGACAGAUUUUCUUUGUUUCUUAUUUUCAAUAAUAAAUCAUUUUAUUGCA